AUGGCGGUUGUGGAACUCAGAAAACACGGCAGUCUAGAAGAGGAGAUAACGGAACCAGAGAGUAUGGACUGGAGAGCAGAGCAAACAAAACUUGCCGAAUACAUCGAGGGAUUGAGUAUGCAGCCUGCCUACAUCCCUCGAGUUGGCGAAAUUGUUCUCUGGAUCCCUGAUUUCGAGGGCGAUUUGGCUUGGAACGCAGAACAUCACUGUAUUCAGAUAUACUCUUCUGCCGAAGAUCGAUGGCUAGGGUCUCCUGAAUGGCGAGCUGGUAUCGUUGGCCAGGUUCCAGAAGAGGCUAUAGUACUCCAAGAUCUUUACGACACAGCCCCCAAGGAAUCAUGUGUGAACUAUUCUGGAUUCCGCGUCGAAACACUCCCCGAUCCCCACAGCACGGACAAAGCCUACUCGUUGCACUACAAAUACGUACAUUUGAAGUGUAUCAAACCAUUCAAUUCAUAUGAAAUAUUCUUACAGGGUACAACAUCCCGGGAAGCCCUCCAUCCUUCCAUUGAGUAUGCGAUGACGAUUAUGGCCUCGUUCAGCCUCCUAGAUAAAUACCACUUCAAAGGUACCUGGCCAGAUGCAUCAAUUUAUUGCCGAGGUAUCUUCCUCGGAGCCGAGCUUCUGGUAGUCGGGGAUGUCGUUCGCCUGAAACCAAAACCCAACCGGGAUACACGAGAAACCCAUAAUACAAUCACAGAUGUUAUGGUCAUAGAUGAAAUUCGACUCGAACUCAUCCAGUGUGAAGAUUUCAUGAAGUCCGACCAACUAGCAGAAAGCUAUGAGAUCCGUAUCCGGGGAAAGGUCUACACUAACAACAAACAGCGGGCGUACUACGCAAGGCCUUAUCUACUGCAGGGUCCGAAACGCAUGGAAGCCGACGAAGUCGUCGAUGCGUUUCAGUCUGUCGGCAUGGGUGGAUAUGGGGAUUGGUACCAACUCUGGUCAGGCGCCAGCGUUGACGUCUCCCAAGACAUGAUCAUCGGCCGUUGUUACGAGCCGGAUGCUAUGCAGCUGUUAUUCGGCUCUCUCGAAAUCGGACUGGAUCUGGCAGGAGUGUUGAAGGCAAGGGAGUACUCUCGACAAGCGGACGAACGAAUCCCCGAAGGUAGGGCAUGGUUCUGGGGUGACUUUAGGACACAGACACUGGCGAUCGAUUCUCUCAAUGGCGAAGACGUCGGCCACUACAGCGAAGCUCGCAACGUCAAAAUGUGGAGGGCGAAUCUCAGAGUCAUCGAUGGCACGGCGGGUCCCGUAGAUCUCCGCGACGCUAAGAUUCCCGGCGACGUCGGAAGACCAUCCGCCAAACCACGCUCUAGUUUUGAAGAGGUCGGCAAACUCAGCAAGCUCGUCAGUACGGGUCUGGGAGCGGGCCUGGGAGUCACUGACGUGAGCAAUAACGUGAGCUCCGCGGAAGAAGAAACAGCCCGGCCAAGUGCUGCUAAUGGACGAGAGGAAGAAAAAUCCGAGUCGGAAGAGGAGGACUUUACAAUACGCAUGGAUCAACUUCGAGGAGGAACCGAGGAGACUGAAGAAGGGGAUUAUACACCUGGAGAUUGA